AGCCUGGCCAACAUGGUGAAACCCCGUCUCUACUAAAAAUACAAAAAAUUAGCUGGGCGUGGUGGUGGGUGCCUGUAAUCCCAGCUACUCAGGAGGCUGAGGCAGGAGAAUUGCUUGAACCUGGGAGGCAGAGGUUGCAGUGAGCCGAGAUCACACCAUUGCACUCCAGUCUGGGUGAUAAGUAUGAAACGCCAUCUCCAAAACAAAGCAAAAGCCUAAUUCCCCAAGAACUGUCACUCUUUCACCUGUCUGCUAGCUCCCAGGCAGACCCCACUUGCCAGGGCUGUCUACAUUUGUCCUGAGAUCUCUCCUGGUGGAAACAGCAUUUUCCUCAGGAGGGUUUGUUGAAAGUCAUCAGAUCCAUGGUUGAAAAUCGAAGCUGCCUGUGGUGAUGGAUAACAGCUGGGGUUAAAAAGCAGCAGCUGGGGCAUGAGCUGUCCACAGUGAGUUUUUAUUGUUGUUUUUGUUUUUUUGGGUGGGGGAUGGGGUCUUGCUAGGUCUCAAACUCCUGGCCUCAAGUGAUCCUCCCAUUACAGCCUCCUGAGUCACUGACACUACAGGUGUGAGCCAUCAUGUCCAGCUUGUAGUGGUUUUGAACAGCUCUUGCCCCUUCUUGGGAAUCUAGGUGCCCUGCACGUGGGUAAGGCUGUCUGCAGCUGUGCCCAUAUUCAGGAAGGCCGGCAAGGCCCUGAGCCCUCACCCGUGACUGACCUGAGGUGCUGUGCAGACAGCACGUGACGGCUAAGGGAAAGUUGAGCACUGCCUAGCAGAGCGCUGAAGCCACGCCCGGCACACACAGAGAGACCCACUCGGCAAAGACUUCACUUCCAGGCACCUAAGGAACUCUGACCAGUCAUUAGCUGACCACUGCCAUAACUGAAGAGCGGCUUCAGUGGCCACACCUCGCAGGGAAUGGAGACAUUAAUGCUUAGUCAGAAUUAGUUCAGAAAAGUCACCCAGCAAAGAAACAGCUCCAACAGGCAACAACAACAACACACCCUGGGCAGGGAAGAGAAUCUGACUUUCGGAGUUGCCACAUUAUCGCCCGUGAAAUGUCCAGGUUUUAACAAAUUAUGAGACGUGGAAAGGAAACCGAAAGGACGGCCCAGACACGGGAAAAGUCACCAAUGGGACCAGCCCCUGAUGCUGCAAUUGCUAGACAAAGACGUUCAGUCAGCUCAUUUAAAUAUGUUCAAAGACCUAAAACAUGCUGCAUCUGAGGCUGCACCGCCUGGAACCUGCUGAUCUCGGAAGCUAAGCAUGAUCAGGCCUGGCUAGUACUUCAAAGGGAGAAACCACGUGUAGGCCUGGUGCGGUGGCUCAUACCUAUCAUCCUAGCACUCUGGGAAGCUGACGCAGGUGGAUUGCUUGAGCCCAGGAGUUUGAGAGCAGCUUGGGAAACGUGGUGAGACCCCCAUCUCUACAAAAAAUUUUAAAAAUUAGCUGGCUGCCUAUGGUCCCAGCCUCUCAGGAUGCUGAGGUAGGAGGAUCACUUCAGCCCAGGAAGUUGAGGCUGCAGUGAGCCAUGACUGCACCACUGCACUCCAGCUUGGGUGACAGAGAGACCUUCUCCCAAGAAAAAGAAAAGAACCAUGUCAAAAGAACUAACUAAAGUGUGGGAACAAUGUCUCACCAAUUAGAGAAUAUCAAUAAUGGGAUAAACCUUAUAAAAAGGGGCUGGGCAUGGUGGCUCAUGCCUAUAAUCCCAGCACUUUGGGAGGCUGAGGCGGGCAGAUCAUGAGGUCAAGAGAUUGAGACCAGCCUGGCCAACAUGGUGAAACCCUGUCUCUACUUAAAAUACAAAAAUUAGCCGGGCGUGGUGGCACGUGCCUGUAAUCCCAGCUACUCGGGAGGCUGAGGCAGGAGAAUCGCUUGAACCCGAGAGGCAGAGAUUGCAGUGAGCCGAGAUUGCACCACUGCACUACAGCCUGGGUGACAGAGCGAUACUCCAAAACACAAAACAAAACAAAAAACAAAACAAAAAAGUUAUAAAAAGGAACCAAAUAAAAAUUCUGGAGUUGUAGGGUAAAAUAACUGAAAUGAAAAUUCAUCCCAGGGGCCCAAGAGCAGAUUGGAACAAUUGGAAGAAAGAGCCUGUGACUAUGGAGAGAGGCCACCUGAGGUAGUCCCCUCUGAGGAACAGGAACAAGCAUGAAGAGCAAUGCACAGAGAUCCAGAGACCUGGAGACGCCGUCAAGCUUUCUGACAUACACGCAAUGGGAGUCCCAGGAAAGAAGACAGGGAGAAAGGAGUAAAGGAAUAGUUGAAGAAUUAAUGGCUGAAAACCUCCCAAAUUUGAUGAAAAACAUUAAUCUGUACAUCCAAAAAGCUCAUCAAACUCCAAGUAGGGUAAACUCAAAGAGAUCUUCAGCCAUACGCAUCAUCAUAAUCACUGUCAAAAGACAGAUUUUUCUUUUUUUAGAAUUUUAAAUGUACCUUUUAAUUUGCUCCUGGGGCAAAGAGCCAGGAUUGGUACUAGAGCAGUGUCUGGGAUGAGAAGAAUUUAAUAAAAUGGGAUUAGGUCCAAUGGUUGGGUUAGGGGAGGCAACCUGCUCGGGAGGAUCAGCCUCAACCUAUCCAUGCAGCAGGGCCUCCACCUGUCCCUCUCCGUAGUCCCACACCUGGAACCCAGAGCCGUCUGCCUCUUCCCAGAUCAUGGCCGACAGCACUCCACCAGACUGCAGCUGGAGCAGGCACAGGAUUCACUUAUUGAGGGCUGUGGCCUGGCCCAGAUCAUAGCCUAUACCCAGGGACAGUUGUGUCACUUCUGCCACCACCACAUCCGCCUUCUGCAGCCACGUCAAAUACCACUCAUGGAUGAGACUGUCACCCCCAGUGGACUUAUCAACCCCGUGUCCAGCUCCACAGCCGCCACGUGCUCGGUGAGCACUGGCUCCAAGCAUGGCAGCUGACACACAAUCCACCUGUACAGGGCCCGGUCCUCCCGUCCUCAGUGGAUGAUCCCGUAGAAGUCCAGGGCUCGGCAGCUGCCCUCCCACAAAAGACAGGAUUUUGAAAGCAGCAAGAGAGAAAAGACAUAUCAGGUAGUCACAGUGGCUCAGGCCUGUAAUCCCAGCACUUUGGGAGGCCCAGGUGGGAGGAUCGCUUCACCCCAGGAGUUCAAGACCAGCCUGGACAACUUGGAAGAACCCGGUCUCUACAAAAAAUACAAAAUUAGCUGGGGUUGGGUGCGGUGGCUCUGCCUAUAAUCCCAGAACUUUGGGAGCCUGAGGUGGGUGGAUCACCUGAAGUCAGGAGUUCAAGACUAGCCUGGCCAACAUGGUGAAACGCUAUCUCUACUGAAAAUACAAAAAGCUAGACGUGGUGGCACACACCUGUAAUCCCAGCUACUUAGGAGGCUGAGGCAGGAGAAUUGCUUGAAGCCUAGAGGUGAAGGUUGUAGUGAGCUGAGAUUGCAUCAUUGCACAAUGGAGGGGAGCCACCAGCCUGGGCAACAAGAGGAAAUCUCCGUCUCCAAAAAAAAAAAAAAAAAAUUGGGCUGGGUGGUGCCUGUAGUCCCAGCUACUUGAGAGGCAGGGGGUCCACUUGAUGUCGAGACUGCAGUGAGCCAUGAUCCUGCCACUGCACUCCGGCCUGGGCAACAGAGUGAGACCCUGUCUAAAGAAAAAAAAAAUAAAGCAACAUAUACUGAACAAAGGAUCCUCCAUAACGUUCCCACCAGAUUUCUAAUCAGAAACAUGGAGGCCAGAAAGCAGUGGAGGACGACGACCCUCAGGCAGCCCUGGAGGAUGUUGUCACAGGCUGGGGCAAGGGCCUUCAGGCUACCAACUGGGAGCUCUGGGAACAGCCCUGUUGCAAACGAGAAGCCAUGGCCCGGCCAGAGCCCAGGGAUGUGGGCUGGGCUGGGAGCAGCCUCUGGACAGGAGAGGUCCCAUCCAGGAAACCUCAGGCAUGGCUGGGAAGCGCGGUACUUGGUGCCGGGUCUGUAUGUGUGUGUGACUGGUGUGUGUAAGAGACAAUGUGUGCCCUGAGUGUCAGUGUGAGUCUGUGUAUGUGUGAAUAUUGUCAUUGUGUGGGUGAUUUUCUGGGUGUGUAAUCGUGUCCCUGCAAGUGUGAACAAGUGGACAAGUGUCUGGGAGUGGACAAGAGAUCUGUGCACCAUCAGGUGUGUGCAUAGCAUCUGUGCAUGUCAAGAGUGCAGUGUGAAGUGAAGGGACCAGGCCCAUGAUGCCACUCCUCAUCAGGAGCUCUAAGGCCCCAGGUAAGUGCCAGUGACAGAUAAGGGUGCUGAAGGUCACUCUGGAGUGGGCAGGUGGGGGUAGGGAAAGGGCAAGGCCAUGUUCUGGAGGAGGGGUUGUGACUACAUUAGGGUGUAUGAGCCUAGCUGGGUGGUGGAUGGCCGGGUCCACUGAAACCCUGGUUAUCCCAGAAGGCUUUGCAGGCUUCAGGAGCUUGGAGUGGGGAGGGGGGGUGACUUCUCUGACCAGGCCCCUCCACCGGCCUACCCUGGGUAAGGGCCUGGAGCAGGAAGCAGGGGCAAGGACCUCUGGAGCAGCCCAUACCCACCCUGGCCUGACUCUGCCACUGGCAGCACAGUCAACACAGCAGGUUGACUCACAGCAGAGGGCAAAGGCCAUCAUCAGCUCCCUUUAUAAGGGAAGGGUCACGCGCUCGGUGUGCUGAGAGUGUCCUGCCUGGUCCUCUGUGUCUGGUGGGGUGGGGGUGCCAGGUGUGUCCAGAGGAGCCCAGUUGGUAGUGAGGCAGCCAUGGGGCUAGAAGCACUGGUGCCCCUGGCCGUGAUAGUGGCCAUCUUCCUGCUCCUGGUGGACCUGAUGCACCGGCGCCAACGCUGGGCUGCACGCUACCCGCCAGGCCCCCUGCCACUGCCCGGGCUGGGCAACCUGCUGCAUGUGGACUUCCAGAACACACCAUACUGCUUCGAUCAGUUGCGGCGCCGCUUCGGGGACGUGUUCAGCCUACAGCUGGCCUGGACGCCGGUGGUCGUGCUCAAUGGGCUGGCGGCCGUGCGCGAGGCGCUGGUGACCCACGGCGAGGACACCGCCGACCGCCCCCCUGUGCCCAUCACCCAGAUCCUGGGUUUCGGGCCGCGUUCCCAAGGGGUGUUCCUGGCGCGCUAUGGGCCCGUGUGGCGCGAGCAGAGGCGCUUCUCCGUGUCCACCUUGCGCAACUUGGGCCUGGGCAAGAAGUCGCUGGAGCAGUGGGUGACCGAGGAGGCCGCCCGCCUCUGUGCCGCCUUCGCCGACCACUCCGGACGCCCCUUUCGCCCCAGCGGCCUCUUGGACAAAGCCGUGAGCAACGUGAUCGCCUCCCUCACCUGCGGGCGCCGCUUCGAGUAUGACGACCCUCGCUUCCUCAGGCUGCUGGACCUAGCUCAGGAGGGAUUGAAGGAGGAGGCGGGCUUCCUGCGCGAGGUGCUGAAUGCCAUCCCCGUCCUCCUGCGUAUCCCAGGGCUGGCUGGCAAGGUCCUACGCUUCCAAAAGGCUUUCCUGACCCAGCUGGAUGAGCUGCUAACUGAGCACAGGAUGACCUGGGACCCAGCCCAGCCACCCCGAGACCUGACUGAGGCCUUCCUGGCGGAGAUGGAGAAGGCCAAGAGGAACCCUGAGAGCAGCUUCAAUGAUGAGAACCUGCGCAUAGUGGUGGCUGACCUGUUCUCUGCCGGGAUGGUGACCACCUCGACCACGCUGGCCUGGGGCCUCCUGCUCAUGAUCCUACAUCCGGAUGUGCAGCGCCGUGUCCAACAGGAGAUCGACGACGUGAUAGGCCAGGUGCGGCGACCAGAGAUGGGUGACCAGGCUCGCAUGCCCUACACCACUGCCGUGAUUCACGAGGUGCAGCGCUUUGGGGACAUCGUCCCCCUGGGUGUGACCCAUAUGACAUCCCGUGACAUCGAAGUACAGGGCUUCCGCAUCCCUAAGGGCACGACACUCAUCACCAACCUGUCAUCGGUGCUGAAGGAUGAGGCCAUCUGGGAGAAGCCCUUCCGCUUCCACCCCGAACACUUCCUGGAUGCCCAGGGCCACUUUGUGAAGCCGGAGGCCUUCCUGCCUUUCUCAGCAGGCCGCCGCGCAUGCCUCGGGGAGCCCCUGGCCCGCAUGGAGCUCUUCCUCUUCUUCACCUCCCUGCUGCAGCACUUCAGCUUCUUGGUGCCCACCGGACAGCCCCGGCCCAGCCACCAUGGUGUCUUUGCUUUCCUGGUGACCCCAUCCCCCUAUGAGCUUUGUGCUGUGCCCCGCUAGAAUGGGGUACCUAGUCCCCAGCCUGCUCCCUAGCCAGGGGCCCUGAUGUACAAUAAAGCAAUGUGGUAGUUCCAA